GGUGGGCACUGGACAAUACUUUUUCAUGAGUAAAAAAUAAUAGAAAAAAAAACAGUGUUAGUGCCGCCAGGAUUUCCUAGAUAUUGGGUUGAAAAUUUGUGAUAUAGAAUAUUAUAAUUAAUCUUAACGUGAAUGAUGUGUCAAAUUUUCUUUUAAAAGCUCACUGAGUUGUGUGUGAUUUUAAAAACGUCAUAGUGGAAUAUUUUUAUGAUGGAUUAUUUAAUAUAAUCUCAUUGAGCUUCUAAGGAAGCGCAGUUGAAAGAUUUGGACUCAGAUAUUGAAUGGCUAUGUAUUACUACGCAAGUAAAUUGAAUGAAGCAUCAUGUAGCGGAUGUAAUGUGAAGCUGCCGCCACCUCCUGCCGAGCCAGCUCCACCACCUCCUGAACAUUCAUCUCUUCCCACUGAAUCUUCACUUCUCCAUGGCACUGGACUCUCUUAUUAUGAUAAUGAUGACUACUAUUCAAUGGUGAGAGGUAACAAGUUCAUGUCGGAGAACAGCUGCAAACAAAUGGUGAUGAAUGGUGGUAUCAGUUUCACCGCUGCCGCUGUGGAGCCUAAUCAGUUGUCAACGGUACUAUCACCGACUGCGAAAUCGUCGAGUCAAUACACCGAGAAAUCGGAUGUGGAGUAUAAAGAUGGUAACAUAGUGAGCUCAACUUUUGAUGGGCUGGUGGACAUGCUGCGGCCCGGUGCCACGAAGUCCUUCACGUUUACUUUUAUUCUGUGCUCACGGCUGUUCGUCAAGCCUCACGAACUGCUGGCAAAGCUUUGCAAGCGGUACUUCACCAAUUAUGAUAAGGUGGGUAAGAACGAGAUGAAGGAGUUGAUGGAUCGCGAGGUGACGGAAAUGACGUCACUGGUCCGUGUUCUCAGCCAAUGGACCGCCAUGUUUCCAUACGACUUCCGCGACGACCGCGUCAUGGCCCUCGUCAGGAGCAUCACUCAGAGAUGUGCCGCGGAACAUAUGUCUUCUAUUAGAUCCGAGGUGUCAAGUAUGCUGGAACGGUUGUUGGACAAACUGACAGCCCUGGAACAGUAUGAGGAGACACUGGUGGACGUGCCGCAAGUGUCCAACUGCGAUCAACUUCCAGCUGGCGAUAUCCUGACACUCGGUUUGAGUCCAGUCGAGUUGGCGAACCAGCUGACCAUAGUGGAGCUUCAUAGGCUCUCGUUCGUGGGUCCGGAGGAGUUUGUUCAAACUUUCGCACCAUCUCAGCCGCAGACCUCAACCUCUAGCAUCAGUCUACAUCACGCAGAGACUAAGAGCACCAAGAAUUUAGAAGCUUAUGCUGAUUGGUUCAAUAGACUCAGCUAUCUGGUUGCUACGGACAUCCUGAAGGCAGUAAAGAGCAAAUAUCGGGCUCGUGUGAUGGAACAGUGGGUAAUGACAGCUAGAGAGUGCUUCAACCUUGGCAACUUCAAUUCACUAAUGGCCAUCAUCAGCGCCCUCAACAUGGCUCCCAUCACCAGGCUUAAGAAAACGUGGAGUCGUACGAGCGCUGUCUGCGGUCAACAGUUGCGGCAAUUGGAAUUGUGCGUUGAACCUAGUGGAAAUCACGCCAGGUAUCGUGCGGCGUUGGCGGCUGCUCCAACAGAGACGGCUGUACCGCUGCUGUCUGUCACCUGCCGAGAUCUGCACUUCGCUAACCAGGGGUCGCCGACCAAGCUGUCCGGUAACCGUGUGAACUUCAAUAAGUGUACGCUGGUCGCUCGUCACGUGUCCUCUCAGCUGGCUUCUCGCCGUCUCCUGGUGGAUGGUCCACCAGUCACGGCUCCCCCACCACCACACCUGCAUCUACCCGCCUGGCGCUUCUUAAGCAAUAGACCAUCGCUCACUGAACUCGCCCUAGAACUAACAUCGUUCGAACGGGAGCCUCCAGUGGAUCAUCUUGAGAAGGAGCGACUGAAGAGAUUACGAGGCGCUACUUAAGAAAUUUAAAAUUGUAUGAAGAUUACGUCUGCGGGAUUGUCAUUUUUGGUAAUCCUGUUGGUCUUUGCAUUUGAGUUAUUGCGAUUAAGAUUUUUGAAGUCAUUCCUUCUUAUUUACCUUUUGUGCGUCGACGUGCUCGAUGACGCUGCUAUCCUCGAAAGUUUUGUACUGAAAAAGAUUAUCAUUAUAACAUGAUAUAUGAUGUAUUGCACAAAUUUAUAUCAAUUCUGAUAAAUGGAAACGAACUGUUGAUUAAUGUAUGAAAAAAAAUCCACUCUGUUAUUAAGUUAUGAGCAGUCUAUUUUAUGUAAUUCAUUUUAAAGGCAUGACAAUUGUAUUGAAGAUGCUUCAUCAAAUAUCCGGAGAGAGAUAAUUUUGAGUAGGAUAUAAUCCUACCUUUAUUUUUUAAUGUCUUCAUACGAGUGGUUGAAUCGUGACAGUUGUUAAAUAUAGAAUUGAUCAUGUUUUAAUUAAAUCAUAAACGGCAUCUAAAGUAAGUACAAAAAUUAAUGUAAAUGUCGACAUUUUAAUAUAAUAAGAAUUUGAAAAUGGAACUUCACACGAAUAUGACGGCACUGAUCGUAAGACGAGAGACGAAUGGCACGACGAAUCAAUGAAUCGGUGAAUUGAAACGGCAUUAGGUAUUUUAUGAAAUGAUAUAUUAUUUACUAACAAUGUAAAAUAUAAUUUUAAUAUGUUGAACUUUCUAUGGAUACGUUUAAUAUAUUUUAAUAAAUUUUACAUUUGACUUACAUUUAACACUGAUUCAUAAUUAGAUGUCCAUAAGAAUUAUUUUUUAUCUGAACGAAAUGUUAUUAUAUUACUUUCCCGAAUAAGCUGUAACUUUUUAAUAGUAUUGUUGAAGGUAUGAGAAAUGUUUAGGGCCACUAUAACGUUCAGUAUUAUGAAAUAUCCGUGCAGAUAUGGAAGGACAAUAAUUUAAACAGUAUCAUAAUGUUAAUUGAGUUUAUUAAACGAAGGAAAGUAAUUCGCUCCCGUCUCUUACGAUGUGGACGUCUUAUUAUGAAUGAGAUUUUAGUUCAAGCAUAGGUACAUAGUAUCGAAAUUUAAUAAGCGAAUGUCUAGGUCGUACGCGAGUUCCUCUACCUAUCAGUAUUCAAUCUGAGCCAUUUAAUGAAUCUCAAAAUUUAUUUUUACUUGUCAAUGAUCUCAUUAAGAUUUUUUUUUUAUUAUGCUUCAGUGUGGCUAUUGUAUGUUUUUAUAUUAAUUUUGAACGGUGUGUUGUGAUUAAUUUAUAGACUGUGUGAUAUCACGGAGUAUGUGUGUGCUAGGUUUAAUAUGAUUGCUCUCUAAACGGGACUCAUUAUUGUUUGUUGCAAUCAAAAACAGUUCUUAUUGCAACGUAUGACGAUUUAUUUUAAUGGUCAUUUCUCAAUUGUUUUUAAGCUGUAAAAAGUAUUUAAUGUGCACAAUAAUAUAGAUUGUGAAUGAUCCCAGUGCAGCGACAGAAAUUGUUGUGGUCUCUUAUACUAUUCAUUGUAUUAUUAUAAAUUUGAUAUGUUGUUAGACCCGCUCGAGACAUUACACGUUUUAGUGACUAUUAUUAACUCAUUUGAAAAUAAGAGUAUUUUCAUAUACAAAGGUUGAAUGGCUUUGCUCAAGUUUGUAAUCUUUUUGUACUUAAUAUUAAUUUUUUUUUUAUAAAUGUAUAUAAUUUCUAAUCUAAUAUAGAUCUCUCUAAUCGAAACGUGUUAAGCUAAUAAUUUUCUUAUAUACUUUAAUAUAGAUACGUUUUAUGAGCUACUAAAUACUGAUAUUUGAUAUUCUCACAUUAUAAAUCUACUUAUUACAAAAAAAAGAAAAAUUCUAAUUCUUUAAAAAUGUCUACUCUGGUUGAUUAAUUGAAAUUUUAACCUGAAUUAAUUCUAAUAUAUCCAUAAUAAAUUAUUAUUAAUAUUUAUACGAAUGAAGUUUGGUUCUCUGUACAAUAUGUGUGCUAUUGAACAUGAAAUAUUGUUUAAAUACUUGGGUUACAAUCAUUGCCAUGUUAGAUGUAAUUACAAUAAGAAAAUUAUAUUUUGAAUAAGGUUGAAAAUACUUUAAGUUGUUUCUAUAAUUAUUAUUAUAUUUUUUUUUUAACACAGGUUUUGUAAAGCUUUAUUCCUAGUAUUUAAAAUGUGUUUGAUGUGACCAGAACAAUCCUGAAACCCACCAAGUCGCAAAGGUACUUAAUUUAAUUUUAUAAUUUUGAUGUAUUUAUGAUAGGGAAACAUUUUUUUUUUUUUUUUUGUAAGAAUCUAUAUUGAAGUGAGAUGAGUUACUAUUUAUAUUUCUCUAUAAUUUUAUAUUGUGUAUAUUUGUAGUACAUAGAGCUCUAUAUGUAUCUAGGUUUCUAAAGACAACAGAUACAUAUUAGCUUGGUCCAAUAUUUAUUUUCCGUCUGAUACAGUCCAGCACAUGUUUAUUAAUGCAUUAAAAAAAAAUUUAUUAACUACCUACCUACCUCUCUGAUAAUACUUCGAUACAGUGUACCUAACAUGUAGACAUGCUUUCACAGAGACAUUUUUUUUUUUAUAUUAAAACUUAUAUACUUCUUGGAAAGCGUUUCAUGUACCAAAUUCACUAGUAUUAGAGUCAUCUAAUUACACUUGCCAUUUUAAUUUAAUUUGUUUAAAAAAUUAUUGUACAUAGAUUUAUUUUUUAUGAUUUUAUACGUUAUAAUUAAUAUUCUAGGUGUAACGGCACUGUUACUUACAUUUUUCAAAAAUAUAAAUAAAAUAGGAUCCCUAGUAAUAAAAAUGUAAUCAUGACUAAACGUUGAAGUGUUAACGAGUUACUCUAAGUGUUUAAAAUUAAAUUUCAUUAAAAUAUAGUAAAACAAGCUAAUUGUAAUCUAGUGGAAGUAAUAUCUUAAUAGUCACGUUUCUAGUUAUGUACGAUACAUUCCAAUCAUAGACUGAUUAUAUACAAUUGUUUUGUGUCGAAUGUGUUCGCUUCUCUAUAGUUAGGACGUUUAAAAUUAAGUUGGUAGCUAAUUUGGUAGCACUCAUCCUUGUUUCGAUCAGUUUUCUUUCAUUUUAUAUUAACAGGAAUGUUUUUUUUUUUAAGGAAUCACUUAAACAAUACGCUUAAAAUGAUCAUAAGAAAUUUCUGUUCAUCCAGAUCUAGCCAUAUCUGAGAACGCAGCUAAUGUUUUAUCGAUGUACUCAUAGCUACGUCUUAAUAUUUUUAGAUUAUAAAUCAAUCGUAUUGCCAUUGUCUGCUUUAAAAUUGUUUCUUUUAUUAGCAUUGAUAUUAGACAUUUUUGUCUUUUAAAGUAUGUAUUUAAAUAGUUGCAAUUAAUAAAGAUAUUCGUAAUUGCUGUAUCUCUAUCCAUAUAUUGAAAAUAUAUAUAUAUAUAUAUAUCACUUUCACGUGUAUAAAGAAAAGAUUUAUUGAUAUAUAUUACUAAGUGUGAAUUCGUUCUCAACUUCAAUACGAGUAACAUAUAUUAUAUCCUCCCUGAAUUUGUUGGUGUUCAUUUUAGAUAGUGAAAUAAAUGCAUUUAUCAUUCCUUAUAGAUAAUAGUGGUAGUAAAUGAAAUAUUUUGUGAGAUUAUAACCUGUUUUACAUAGUGAUUACUUUAUUUAUCAAAGUUUGUACUGUUGUCGAUCUUAACCCAGUCUGGAUGUACUAUUCGAUGUCACUACAUAUAGUUUCUUUUAUAGUACAAGUGUAAAACAUUCCUUUAGAUGUGACCUUAUUGUUCUCAGUGUUCGUAUAUAUGUAUUGAUUGUAUGAAUUGUAGAUGUUAUAUCAAAGAAAGACUCGUACGUUCCUUAUAUAAAAUAUUUCUUAAAUUGAUAAUUUUAGCGCCAAUAUUAAAUUAGAAACUAAGAGAUUUGAAAGAACUAUUACAUUCAAAAUAGUUGUUUAAAUGUAAUUCGAAAUGAAGUUUCAAGUGACUCGAGUUUUUUUGUCGGUGUGAUGAUGAUUACAUAUUUGAAAACAAUAUUUAAAAUGUACUUAAAUUAUAUCAAUAAAUUGU